AUGACGCCCAAAGGAUUUCCCCUGCUCCUGCUUCUGCUGUUCUGCGUGAUCAAUCGCGUCCAGCUGGCGCAAGCAGUCGAUGCCUGUGGCACCAGCGGCGUGUGUACUUGCUCAGGAACUACUGUCAAUUGCAACGGCAAAUCUCUGACAACCAUUCCAAGUGCAAUCCCCGGCACCACGACGCAACUGUACCUGAACAACAACUCGAUCACCAUCAUUUCCGCAAGCGCAUUCGCAGGUCUGACUGCGCUGACUCGGCUGGAGUUAAAAACCAAUCAGAUCACCAGCUUUCCCGCAGACACAUUUAUAGGCCUGACUUUUCUGAGGGAAUUGUUUCUGAACUACAAUCAGAUCACCAGCUUUCCCGCAGACACAUUUAUAGGCCUGACUUUUCUGAGGGAAUUGUUUCUGAACUACAACCAGAUCACCAGCAUUCCCACCUCUGCAUUCGCAAGCCAGACUGCGUUGAUACAAUUGGAUCUGCGUAGUAACCUGAUCACCAGUUUUCCCGCAGACACAUUUAUCGGCCUGACUAUGCUGAAAAAUUUGUAUAUGGACUUCAACCAGUUCACUAGCAUUCCCGCAAAUACCUUCACUGGCCUGACCGCGCUGACGUUCUUGAGUCUGCACACCAACCAGAUCGCCAGCAUUCCCGCAAACACUUUCACUGGCCUGACCGCGCUGACGUUCUUGGAUCUAACCAACAAUCAGAUCACCAACACGUCCGUUGACGCUUUCACUGGCCUGACGGCGCUGACGCACUUGGAUCUAACCGACAAUCGUAUCACCACCAUUUCUGCAAGCACAUUUUCAGGCCUGACUGCGCUCCGGCUCUUGAAUCUCAAUGGCAACCAGAUUACCACCAUUUCUGCAAACACAUUUUCAGGCCUGACCACGCUGAAUUACUUAUUUCUGACCACCAACCAGAUUUCGAGCAUUUCCACAAGCGCGUUCGCCGGCCUGACUGUUCUGACUGAGAUGUCCCUGAACAACAACUCGAUCACCAGCAUUUCUGCAAACACAUUCGCAGUUCUGACUGCGCUGACGAUCUUGGAUUUAUCAGACAACCAGAUCACCAGCAUCCCAGCAGACGCAUUCGCAAGCCUGACUGCGCUGGAUACCUUGAGUCUGAACGACAACCAGAUCACCAGCAUUCCCGCAAACGCAUUCACAAGCCUGACUACGCUGCACCGCUUGCCUUUGGAAAAUAAUCCCUUGACCACUUUGCCCCCUGGUCUGUUCAAGGGCCUGCCAUAUGGCUUGCUUUUGUCAUCAUCCUUUAUGCCCAAUCUGAGCCCCAACAACUUUACGUUUGGUGGGAAUACUGUCGCUCCGCCCAGCACCUACGGCAGUGCAGCAACGCCGUACUCGUGUGACACAACCUGUGCCACGUGCUACGACUUUGGGUCCAGUGCGUGUUGCGGGAUCAAUUGUCUGACAUGCAAUUCGUCCCAUCCCUGCACUCAGUGCUAUGACGGUUAUGGCAUGCUGGGUGGAUCUUGUGUUCCUCUUGCUUCCAUUGCUUCGGUCGCUUCGGCUGCGUCCACGCAAUCUGCCUCGGCACCCUCGAUUGCCUCUGAUAUUUCCGCUGCCUGGGCGUCCGUUGCGACUGCAUCUUCAGCUUCAAUUGCAUCUCAGGCAUCCGCAUCAGUCGCCAGUGCUUCUUCUGCAUCUUUUGCAUGGCAGACAUCUGCUGCAUCUGCUGCGUCCAAUGCUCCAAACGAGUCAAGCGAUGCAUCCACUUUGCCCAUCAUUCUUGGAGUCGUCAUUGGCGUGUUGGCGCUCUUCUUGUUGGCUGCGUUGUUUGUGGCCUUUCGGCGUCGUCGCUCGCCAACGGCGUUGGCAACCACCAGCACGGCCAUCAAACUGCGCGAACUCACUUCCGGCUCCGGACCGACUGACCAUUCUGCUGAUCACAGUUCCAUGGUGCUCAACGCUUUGCAUCCAGCCAAUGACAUGGUGGCCGCCAAUCCAACGUACAAUACAUUGUCUGCUACCAGCAUCAACGGCUUGUACGAACAUGUCAGCUCGCAGCCCCAUGCUCCUGUGGAUUCGUCCGAACUGUUGUAUGCUGAAGCAGCAGCUUCUGGUGUCGAGUACGCCAACCCGUCGCUGCCCCAUGCCUCGUCUUUUCGUGCGCCGCCCGCGUCCUCAGCAACCGCCUACGCGACGAUUGCUGUCGUACCUUCCACGCAGACCGAGAAUGUCGACUACACUUUGAUUGAAAACUAG